AUGGCUGCUAAUGAGACUCUCACAGCGAGUCUCAGCUUUAUGACUGAUGCUGCUCAUCUACUUGCGCAAGUAGCUCCAGAGACAUCGGCACACCUUAUGUCCCAGCGCAAUGCCUUGAUGUUCCACAACAACCUAGAGCAGUCAGAGACUCAGCGACAGCAUGUAUGUGGCUCAUGUGGGCACAUUAUGAUUCCUGGCCGAGGCAGCCUCAUCAAACUAGAAGGCGAGAAGGCAUCUCGCAAGCACAACAACCGAAAGGGUGCCAAAAAGCAGCCCCGGCCAUCGGAAACCACGAAGCACAAAGUCUUGACAUGUGGAAACUGUGGGCAAUAUACCAAUAUUAGCUUCCUGUCACCGCCUAGUGUCAGUCGCAGUCGUAACAAACUUAAACAGAAUGCUCGUCGCCUGAGAAGUCGGAACCAGGCCGGACCACCGUCACCAGCUGUUCGCCCUCCACCCCUGAUUUCUGCGCCAGAGCCGGCCAAGGCAUCGGUGAAUGCAAACAGCAAGAAGAGAGCCAAGAAUCGAAAGCAAGGGCUUCAGGCGCUACUCCAGCAAUCCCAAGCCUCGACGACCAAGUCAGGCCUCGGUUUGAGCCUAACGGAUUUCAUGAAGAAGUAG